GCUCUGAACUCUGAACUUCUCUCCGGGUCCUGAGGAGAUCAACACAAAGUUAGGAAACCGUGUGACACUCUCUCCAAACGGAAUAAACCUCAAGUCAGUCACCGGACAACUUUCGGAUUCUAUGAUUCGACGGAAAACGACAAUAUUUACUUGUCCGCCGCCACAGACUGAAACAUGGAGGAUCCAGACAGAACUCAGAGGAGGUUGUCAAGAGCAGGAGACAGUUUGUACAAGAUCCUGGGUCUGGAGAAAGGAGCAUCUCCCGAGGAAAUAAAAAGGGCGUACAGAAAACUGGCAUUAAGGCAUCACCCCGAUAAGAACCCAGACAACCCCGAAGCGGCUGAGAAAUUCAAAGAGAUCAACAACGCCAACGCCAUCCUCAGUGAUGAGAACAAGCGCAAAAUCUACGACGAAUACGGCUCUAUGGGCCUCUACGUGGCCGAGCAGUUCGGGGACGAAAGCGUCAAAUAUUAUUUCCUCACGACCAAGUGCUGGUUCAAGGGUCUUCUGGUGUGCUGCAGUAUUAUCACCUGCUGCUUCUGUUGCUGCUGUUGCUGUUUCUGCUGUGGAAAGUGCAAAGCCGAAGAAGAGGAGGAAAAUUUCGUCUACAUGGACCCUGAAGACCUGGAGGCACAAAUCAGAGAACAGGAAGCAGCUGGAGACCCUGUAAUAGUUAUUCAGCCCAGCUCUAGUGACUCUUCUAGUGCUGCUAAUACUACAGCACGUGAAAGCGACCCGAUCGUGACUCAGCCUCAAGCGUCCAACGGCACCACGGAGCACGGAGCCAUCCAGAUGCCCUGGAAGGAGUAGAAAGAAAUAAACGCAGGAAGAGAUAAGCGAGCUGGUGACUGAGUCGUGUAAACCCGGACGGCUUCAGGUUCUGGACUGCAGCUUAAAACCAGGUUAUAAUCAGCGUCUGUGCUGAGUUUAAAUGCAGUUUGUGUCUGACGUGCAGAAAACAUUUUCAUCUCAGAGGCUUAUUUGUUUACAUGAAUCAAGCAGCGAUGUGAUUGUGCCAUAGUUUUAAUUAUUAUUAUUUUUAAACUAAUGGUUUCAUAUUUAUCGUUUAAUUCUUUUAUUUGUGAACUUUGGGCAGAGACGAAUUUCAUGCAGACCAAAGCCUCUGAUGAGCUCCUGAUUAAUGUUUAGUGCACUUUAUAUUCACAAGUUUCUAUUUAAUAUCCUAAAAAUGCCAUGAUGGUCUGAGAACGCCUCGGCCCAAAGUUCAGAAACGUUUUAUUUGUUUUAUCAACAGGCUGAUUCAGGUUUUUCAGGUCAGUCACAGCGCACAUAGAGACACACUGUAGUGGUAAAACAAAGGGCUUCCUGACAUAGUGGACCUCUGUGAUGAUUCUUUAAGAUUAAACAAAUGUUUGAACGUUGUUGCACAUUUAGCUGAUAGCUUGGAAAUAUAUCAGAGAAGAUUAAUAUUGUGAUGUUUUUAAAGAAAAACGCUCAAACCCCUUCCUUCUGAGAGUUUGAUGGUACCAUUGUUCAUCAUGUCUGUGCUUUAUCGCCUCAGCUUUACAUAGGAUGAAAAAAAUCCCGAUGGUAGUGUCGUCAAACUGAGCCAUAAUCACAGAACAACUGCUGCAAUAAAGCACAUAUUAAUUGACAGGAUGUGAGACAUCCAGAUAUUUAAGCGCCACAAGUUUAGGUUUGUAAUCAAGGUAGCAUUUAGAAAUAGGAAACUGUUGCGUACAGAUAUUUGCGAUGGGCCACAAACACAGCAUUAGAAGUGAUUAGCUUAGCUUAGGAGGAAAAAGCAAGCUUGAUGUCUCCUAAAGCUCUCAUUUGGCUGGUAAUGUUUGUCACGUGUCGUAUUUCUGGGGGUGGUUAGCCUAGCUUAGCAUUAAGAGUGGAGGCAGGGGGGAGCAGCUAGCCUCUCUGACUUUCUGGACUCCAAUCUGCAAGAUAGUUUCAUCUCUCAGCUCCACAGUUUGUUGUAGUUAUUUAUCUGUUUGUUAUUAAACAAAGGAGAUAUCUGCUCAUUAGCUUCCAGCCUUUAUGCUAAGCUAAGCUAACGGCAUCCAGACACAGACGCAAGUUAAACCAAUUUUCUCUGACUCUUGUCAUAAUAGAGCACAUAUUAAUGGACAGGAUGUGAGAUGUCCAGAUAUUUAAAUACCACAAAUUUAGGCUUGUAAUCGUGGCAGCAUUUAGAAAUAUGACACUGUUGCGUACAGAUACUUGCGAUGGGCCUUGAACGCAGCAUUAGUAGAGCUGGAACUGGCAAGCGAUUAGCUUAGCUUAGGAGGAAAAAGCAAGCUUGAGGUCUCCUAAAGCUCUCAUUUGGCUGGUAAUGUUUGUCGUAUUUCUGGGGGUGGUUAGCCUAGCUUAGCAUUAAGAGUGGAAGCAGGGGGGAGCAGCUAGCCUCUCUGACUUUCUGGACUCCAAUCUGCAAGAUAGUUUCAUCUCUCAGCUCCACAGUUUGCUGUUUAUCUGUUUGUGAUUAAAUAAAGGAGAUACUUGCUCAUUAGCUUCCAGUCCUUAUGCUAUGCUAAGCUAACUGCAUCCAGACACAGACGCGAGUUAAACCAAUUUUUUCAAUUUCCGACUCUUGGAAAGAAAGUGAGCGAGCAUUUAGAAGAAAGUUUUGCUGCUGUUGGUUUAUUCGCUGCACACAAGUCAAAACACACAAAGUACUGAUGACGGCGACACAAACGAUCAGAACUUUGUCUGCGCUUGACACUAAAGCCAACGUGUUUAAACACUUCAUUUUUCAGAUUUAUUGCCUUUUUAUUUUUCUGGUUUCCUGUUUAAUCAGAAGCAUUAAGACGAUAUUUUCUCUGUGGUGUUUGGGAUUGUUAUUGUUAUUGUAAAUUCUGAGCUAUAUUUUUGAUUGGAGGUUUUAUGAUGAAUUGAGUGUAUAUUAAGAUACAGCCUUAAAUUAUAUGAUCUUUAUUCAUCAUGUUUAGAGUAUAUUUUUCUGUUUUUCUUCCAAGAGGAGUGCCAGUCUGACGCAUGCUUCUGGACAAUCCCAGUGUUUUGUGUAUUUAAAAGUCCAUUCGUAUACUUUUAUGUGCCACAAGUCAUACUUGACAAACUUCACAAAAGUGCCUGAAUAUAUUUUAGUGGGAUAUUUUUCUUUAUUUUUUUGCUCCAAGUUUGAUUUUUUUUUAUCAAAGAUUGUAAGAAAAUUGUAUAUUUACUUCAAUCAUCUCAACAUUCCCUUAUAUUUUUCUACUCUUUCCACUUAUACCUGCUUGUAAACUGUGUACAUUUUAAAAUUCCUGCAAAAUGAAUGUUAAUAAAUUUGGAUUAUGCUGGAA